GACGAUGGCGGUUUUCCACCAUAUCCCGAAGGUGGUUACGGCGAUGCUGGAUUUAACCGUGGAGGAGGCGGCGGAAAUGGUGCUCUUAUGGCUGGAGGCGGUGCUGGCGGGGGUCCGCUAAUGAAGGACCCACCACAAAACGGAGGAAUGGUCCGCCCAGGAGUUGGGGGCAUGGUUGGCUUACCACCAUAUCAAGGAGCCGGUGGUGGUCCAAAUGGCAGUGUCAUGAUGGUUUACGGUGUGGAUGCCAAAAGACACAAUACAGAUAGUGUUUUUAACAUAAUGUGUCUAUACGGAAAUGUAAUGCGCGUCAAAUUCUUGAAAUCAAAGGAAGGUACUGUCAUGGUACAAAUGGGUGACGCAGUAUCCGUAGAAAGAUGCAUCAUGCACUUAAAUAACGUUCAAGUAAACGAAGAAAAUAAGCUCCAAGUGGCAUUUUCAAAACAGGCGUUUAUAUCUGAAGUGACAAAUCCUUUCCCUGUAUUUGACAAAACUCCAAGCUUCAAAGAUUACUCCAAUAAUAAGAACAACAGAUUCUUGAACAUUGCACAAGCGAGCAAAAAUCGCAUUCAGCCUCCAAGCAAGAUCUUGCACUUCUUCAACACACCGCCAAAUGUAAAAGAGAGUACAAUUCUCGAAGUUUUCACAACCUAUGACGUGCCACGACCAGUAUCGAUAAAAAUGUUCCCAAGCAAGAGCGAACGCUCAUCAAGUGGAUUGUUAGAGUUCGCCACAAUUGCCGAAGCAGUACAAGCCAUCAUGGCCUGCAAUCACGCCGCGGUCGACGGUGAAGGUACCAAAUUCCCUUUCACAAUGAAAUUAUGCUUCUCUUCAUCUCGCAAUAUCUCUUCGGGCUGGUUAGACGAUAUGCAGUCUAAAGAUAUGAAAUGAAUCGUACAACCUAUUCUUUACAAUUAAGUCCCAAGUGAAAAGAAGAUUCGUUCAAGUAGACACCAUCUUUGGGACCAG